UUGGACGGCCAUUCCUCCCAUUCUCUCGUUUCUCUACCAUGCCUUGCUCCGACGAUCCCAAGUUCUUACUACUACUCUUCCUCCUUUCACUUCUCCUCAUACUCCAUAGUCCCUCAGCCAAUUGUGACUACCUAUUGAAUUACCAAUGGAAUAACUGCCCAACGACAGACGCAAACUACACCACCAACAGCACCUUCCAAGCCAAGCUCAACCUCCUCCUCUCCUCCCUCUCCUCCGCUGCCAUCCCCACCGGCUUCGCCAACGAUACCGAGGGCCAACCGCCGUACCAAGUCUAUGGCCUUGCCCUAUGCCGAGGCGACGUAUCCCCUGCCGAGUGCACGAGCUGCCUCAAUACGUCCACCAAAGAAAUCAUCAAACGGUGCCCAAAUGGCAUGAGCUCGGCCAUUUGGUACGAAGGGUGCCUCCUCCGCUACUCCGACCAAAAUUUCUUCUCCACCGCUGAUACUUCUUUUAAUUACGAGCUGGUUGGCGGCCUUGCUUCUGAUCCGGAACUGUUCAAGAAGUUGUUAGGUCAGAUGAUGGAUAAUCUUAUUACAACCGCAGCGAAUGUCUCGACGGAGAUGUUUGCUACUGGCGUGGCAAAAUAUACGAAUUCGAGCACGCUAUACGGUCUGGUGCAGUGCACGAGGGACCUACCGCAUGACGAGUGCUACCGGUGCCUUCAAGACUUUGUGGGAAUUAUUCCCGAGUGUUGUAAUGGGAGGUCAGGAGCCAGGGUGUAUGGAUUCAGUUGUUAUCUUCGGUAUGAGUUGUUUCCUUUCUUUAACCCUUCCAGGGCUACAGCAUGGCUACCGCCGACAGAUGCUCCUGUUUCGCCAUCGCCGGACUCGGAGCCAAAGAGCAGUCCAACAACAAAAGCAGCCAGUGGAGGAAAUGCUGGUAGCGCAAUCAAAAUAGUUGUUGUUAUUGCGAUAACUAUAGCUGUAGUGGUGUUGCUACUCUCUGCCAUCUGUAUUUACUUGCGACGAAAGAAACUAGCUAGAAAACCAUCAUACGAUGAAGCUGAAAAGGAGACCAGAAGUGCAGAAUCUCUAAUAUUUGAUUUGGAAACCCUAAGAACUGUGACAAAUAACUUCUCUGAUGCAAACAAACUCGGACAAGGAGGAUUUGGACCAGUUUAUAAGGGAAUACUAUCAGAUGAACAAGAGGUAGCUGUGAAGAGGCUCUCAGUAAGCUCAAGGCAAGGACUAAAAGAGCUCAGAAAUGAGGUUGAUUUGGUUGCUAAGCUCCAGCACAGGAACCUUGUAAGGUUGUUGGGUUAUUGCUUAGAAGAGCAAGAGAAGCUUCUCGUAUAUGAGUAUCUUCCAAACGGAAGUCUUGACAAAUUUCUAUUCGAUCCCACCAGACAAAAGCGACUAGAAUGGGGAGUUCGAUGCAGGAUCAUCAAAGGAAUUGGUCGAGGGCUUCUCUAUCUUCAUGAAGAUUCACGACUAAGGAUAGUUCAUCGAGAUCUAAAAGCAAGCAACAUUUUGCUAGACGGGGAUAUGAACCCUAAAAUCUCUGACUUUGGUCUUGCAAAGCAUUUUGUUAUGGAUGAAACCCAUGAAAGCAAUUGCACGGCAGCUGGUACAUGUGGCUAUAGAGCACCAGAAUAUGUUAAGCGUGGGCACUUAUCUACCAAGUUGGAUGUAUUUAGUUAUGGUGUAUUAGUUUUAGAGAUAGUGACCGGUCGAAGGAAUAGUGGUUUUGAAGGAUCAGGGCGUGCGAUAGAUCUUCCAAGCUAUGUGUGGGAACGAUGGAACAAAGGAAAGGCACCACAGGUGAUCGACCAAAGUCUAGUUGAUCGGUGCAAAUUGCAAGAAGUAUUAAGAUGCAUUCACAUCGGCCUUCUAUGCGUUCAAGCAGACCCAGAAAAGAGACCCAACAUGGCAUCAGUCGUUCUGAUGCUCGGUACUAACUCUGUUACUCUUCCAACCCCUUCAGUGCCUUCUUUCUGGGUUGAAAGUGGCACUAUCAGCAAAUCAGAUGCGCUCACAGGGGUCUCAAGCGAAUGUAGCCUCAAUAGUGGUGGAUGGUGAGAGCUCAAUUAACUUUGCAUGAUAAAAGGUUCAUUAAGUGUACUACUGAAAUUGAUAUGCAAAAAUUAGCAUGGCACAAAUCUGGAAAUAGACCAAACAAAAAAGAAUUUGUGGUCUACUUCUAUCUCUCUUUUUUAUUGAAUUAAAAAUAAAUUGUAAACUACUACUCUCAUUAAACAGAUUUUUGUUUUGAUGGAACUCUCAUUAAACAGAUAUGUCAUUCUAAUUUGUUCCAGUGGAAGUGGAGGGGUAUAGAGGUUCAUUGCAGUACACAGGGCCUGAGGUUCUGUUUCUGGUGGUUCCUUUGAUUUUUGUUUGCAGGGGAUUUGUUUUGUUUGUAUUGCAGGUCUGGUGCUUGUCUCUACCCCUCCUUUUGUUUCAUUUCAUUAUUUUAAUCAAAUGCGGGUUGGACUUUCCAUCAUUUACUCAAAAAAAGAAAAAAAAAAAAUCUCUUCUCUGUUUUUUUCUUGGGUAAGACAUUCAUGUUCAUUGGCUGAUUUUGUAACAUGUAAUUGGCUAAGCUCUAUAGAAGAUAUUCCUUUUUCUUUUU